GUCUUCCGGGUUGUGGAACCUUUCUUUCGGCCGCCGGAGGAAAUGACGGACAGUGUUGUCCGACGGACCAGCAGCAUCCGCCGGAGUUGUCAAUACAGAACACGUUUUUUCAACCGGUGAUCAAACUUCGCACAUACAACUAAAACAUGCCGAAGGCGGGGAAAGGUAAACCAACUCAGAAGGAGAAGGUGUGUCAUCCCUAUAGCAGGAAAGCUGCUUACCUGGCCAGCCAGGAGAUACGUCUGGGAAAGAAGGAGAGACAAAAGAGUGAGAAGGCCACUCGUCUCAACAGCAUUGGUGAUAAGCUGCAGUGGUUUCAGAGCCAGCUGGACUCUGAGAAGACAGAGUUCACCAAACAGGAUGCCUGUCACAUCAUAGAGAGGUACCUGCAGAGGUUUGACGGGGAGUUGGACCAGAUAGAGCUGGUGAACGGGAUCAAAGGUCGUCAGGGUCGUCUCCAUGGCAGCAGGGAGACCGUCAUCAAACAGACUGUUGAGCGAGAGACCGCUCUGUACCAUGGCAACGGCUUCGAGAUUCCAGACAUCAUCAACUCUAAACAUCUCAAGACCUUCAGGGAGUGGAGCGGCGAUCUAAAGAAGCUUCCCAACAUCAAGAUGAGGAAGUUCUCUUCCCGAGGGACGGACAGAACAGGAGGAGGAGAGGAGGAGGAGGAGACCGCUGGAGGAGAGGAGGAGGAGGGGACCGCCGGAGGAGAGGAGGAGGAGGCCUUAAUGAAGGACUCAGAUUCAGACGCCCAGGAAGAUGCCCCAUAAUGCUUUGCAUGUUAGAACUCUGUGGGUGUCAGCCAUCCUACCUGACUGGGGUUAAGACAACCUGUGUGUGUGUGUGUGUGUGUGUGUGUGUGUGUGUGUGUGUGUGUGUGUGUGUGUGUGUGUGUGUGUGU